AUGGCUACCAAGUCGCCAGAAGAGAUCGUUUCGGCGUUCGAUGACCCCGAAGUCCUGCAUCCACUAGCACACCAGAGAAAGUUCACCAAGCUCUACCGUGAACCAUGGCUCCAAAUUUGCCUUGUCUCUUUUAUAUCUUUUUGCAAUCCUGGCAUGUAUAAUGCUCUCUCUGGAAUGGGAGGCUCCGGCCAAGUCAACAGCACAAUCUCGGCCAACGCCACUGUCGCAACUCAUGCAUGCACAGCCGGAGCCGCAUUGGUUCUAGCCGGCUCCUUUUACAGGUACUUGGGCCCACGUAUAUCGCUUCUCAUCGGUGGCUGGACAUACGCUCUCUACGCUGGAUCUUUGUUGAAUUCCGACCGGACCACAGACGGCGGCCCUUUCGUGAUUGCAGCGGGCGCACUUCUGGGUUUAGGAGCAGCGUUCUUCUGGGUUGCUCAAGGAACCAUUAUGGUGACUUAUACUAACGAUGAUACGCGUGGAAAAGCCAUUGGUGUCUUCUGGGUUGUUUUUAAUCUCGGUGCGACCGUUGGAUCAUUGGCCAGUUUUGGCAUCAACUACCACUCCGAGUCUGGGACAGUGACGAACUCAACAUAUGUGGCCUUCAUUGUUAUCAUGCUUUUUGGGUGGCUGUUAUCAGUCUUCGUGUGCUCAACGGAAGAUCUCUCGCAAAACUACCACGGCAAUCGCAUCAGUGAAGAAUCAAAGGCCUUCAACUGGGGAAACCUUAAGAGCACUGUGAUAGAAGCACUCCGGAUCAUUUUCGACUGGAAAAAUGUGUGCCUCUAUCCUAUGUUCUUCACGGCAAAUAUUUUCUAUUCUUAUCAACAGAACGAUGUCAAUGGUGAGACAUUCAACCUACGUACCCGCGCCCUCAAUGGCGCCCUCUACUGGAUCGCACAAAUGGUCGGGGGCCUUUUAAUGGGGUUUCUACUGGAUCUUCCACGAUUAAAUCGCCGCACUCGGGCCAAACUCGGCUGGGCUAUAUUAUUUGUCACCGGGAUGGCGAUCUGGGGUGGAGGCUACCGAUUUCAGCUUUGGGAUGAUUUGCGUUUACAGCAGGGUCUGAAACAAGACAUCGACUACAAGGAAGGGAAAAAAUUCCUUGGGCCUAUGUUUCUUUACUUCUUUUAUGGUGCCUACGACUCCUUUUGGCAAGCGUUCUGCUACUGGAUCAUGGGGGCUCGGUCCCGCGACCCCGUGGUGAAUGCAGUCAUCAUUGGGGCAUAUUCGGCAUUGAAACCAGCAGGUGGUGCGAUGGCCUGGAGAAUUAAUGCUGAGGGUGUUAGUGCUAUGACUCAGUUUGCAAUGAAUUGGGGUUUAACAACUGCCAGUUUAUUGGUAGCUAUUCCCACGGUGUUGAGCAUUCAAAGAGGGGAUACCAAAUCCGAGCCUCCGAGCGAACACAACUGA